GCACAAAGGAAUCCAAUCCCUCAGACAUCCAUCGAAAAGAGAGAGUUCCGAUGGCAGCGUGCGUAGAGUUAGGGGCCAGAUUCGCAUGCAAUUUACUAAUAUGAACGCGCUCGCGGAAACGGGCGAUCUAUAGAGAAUGUCGCCAGGGAAGGAGGGCGAGAGAGGGCGAGCCAAAAUUCUCCUCUCAGUUGUUCUCGGCUGCGUGUCGACCGCUUGGGCAAAAGGGCGACAUUCAAAGGACAGGCGUGCGCGCGGGAGUGCGUGGUGGUGGAGAGGUUGCGGGCAGGUACAGCAUAUUCCGGCCAGAGGUAGGCGCGGAGACAGCACCAGCAAUCGGCCCGCUAGACGAAGGCUAAGGCGUGCUUGGGCCGGGUGCCAAACGGGGCAGAAUCAUGGAGGGUUGUGGUAGAGCAGAGGAGGGAGGAGGGAUGGAGACGAAUAUCCGCC